GGGCGCUGUGCAGGGCCAGGUAAAGGGGCCCUGAGGGGGCGCGGGGCCGCGGGAGGGACGUGCGAGGAUGUGUCCCGAAGUGCUUGACCUGUAAUACAGAGAUCUUCCAGAAUGCUGGAGUCCUAUGUAACUCCUAUUUUGAUGAGUUAUGUGAAUCGCUACAUAAAGAACUUGAAGCCUUCAGAUCUGCAGUUGUCACUCUGGGGAGGAGAUGUUGUGCUUAGUAAACUUGAAUUAAAGUUGGAUGUACUUGAACAGGAGCUGAAACUGCCAUUUACUUUUUUAAGUGGGCAUAUUCAUGAGCUUCGGAUUCAUGUGCCAUGGACGAAACUGGGAUCAGAACCAGUUGUCAUCACUAUCAAUACAAUGGAAUGCAUCUUGAAGUUAAAGGAUGGGGCUCAGGAAGACCACGAAAGUUGUGGUUCCAGUUCAACAAACCGCAGUACCACAGAAAGCAUGAAAUCAGCAGUAAAAUCACGACGAGUUCAGCAGUCUGCUUCUCCUGACCCUGAUUUACCUCCAGGUUAUGUGCAGAGUUUGAUUCGGCGUGUUGUAAACAAUGUCAACAUCGUGAUCAACAAUCUCAUAUUAAAGUAUGUGGAAGAUGAUAUUGUUCUCUCAGUCAAUAUCACUUCUGCAGAAUGCUAUACAGUGAAUGAGUUUUGGGAUCGAGCAUUUAUGGACAUCUCUGCCACUGAUCUGGUACUGAGGAAGAUGAUCAACUUUUCUGACUGCACAGUAUGUCUUGAUAAGAGAAAUGCUAGUGGUAAAAUUGAAUUUUACCAGGAACCUCUGCUGUACAAAUGUUCCUUCAGGACUCGUCUGCAUUUUACUUAUGAUAACCUCAACUCCAAAAUGCCAUCAAUUAUUAAAAUUCACACAUUAGUUGAAAGUUUGAAACUUUCAAUCUCUGAUCAGCAGCUUCCUAUGUUUAUACGUAUAAUGCAGCUUGGGAUUGCUCUGUAUUACGGAGAAAUAGGCAACUUCAAAGAUGGGGAAAGUGAAGAUUUGAUUUGCCACACUAAAGAUAUGUUGGGAAAUAUCACAAGCACAGAAGAUGAAGCAAGCUCAGUAAUGCAGUAUCCUACACAGUACAUUAGUCAAGAUCCUUAUUUGCAUCAAGAUGAUGACCAGCAACAAGGAUGGGUUUCUUGGGCUUGGUCUUUUGUUCCUGCUAUUGUGAGUUAUGAUGAUGAAGAGAAUGAUUCGGGUGGAAUUGAUGAUGGAACAGGAGAACAGCAGAAGUCUCAGUCCCUCAAAGAUCCUAUUAUUUCAGUGGGUUUUUAUUGUACAAAAGCAACAGUGACUUUUAAGCUCACUGAAAUGCAAGCUGAAAGUAGUUAUUACAGUCCUCAAAAAGUAAAAUCCAAAGAAGUUAUAUGCUGGGAACAAGAAGGAACAACUGUUGAGGUCCUUAUGAAAGGUGAACUUUUUUUUGAUUGCCAAAUUGGUUUUGUUGGUUGCCAAGCUAUGUGCCUUAAAGGAAUUAUGGGAAUUAAAGAUUUUGAAGAGAACAUGAAUAGGAGUGAUGAAGAGGCAUGCUUCUUUAAUUGUGGAGAAAAUUUGAGCGUGAAAGGAAUGACAUACCUUACCAAUUCACUGUUUGAUUACAGAAGUCCAGAAAAUAAUAGUAUUCGUGCAGAAUAUAUAUUGGAUGCAGCUCAUCAUAAGGAGACAUACACAGAGAUAGCCGGAAUGCAGAGGUUUGGGGCUUUCUACAUGGAUUACUUGUACACAAUGGAAAGCACCAGUGGCAAAGUUUCUGGGAAUCAGCAAGACCUUUCUUCAGUAAAGAGUGAAGAUUUUGGAAAUGUUCAGGAGAUGUCUACAAAAAGCCUCAUUGUGGGUCCGCUCAAUCUUCGACUGGAUAGCAGCGCAGUACACCGGAUCAUGAAAAUGAUAGUUUGUGCUCUGGAACAUGAGUAUGAACCAUACAGCAGAACUAAGCCAGAUAUUAUGGAUGGAAGUAGAACUAUGCCAAGCUCAGAAGAAGUAGCAUCACUGGAGGAAUACAUUCCCACUAGACUUACAACGUUCACUGUUCUUAAAUGUACAAUUAUAAUCCCUGUGGCAGAAUUCAAUUUACUAGACCACUUGCUGCCCAUAAUCAUGGGUGAGAAGAACUUCAGUGGACUGUUAAAUGCUGCAAAUUUCCAGCCCCUGCGGCCUUUACCUUCCAUCCGAAUUUUGGUGGAUAAGGUUAACCUGGAGCACUCAGUGCCCAUGUAUGCUGAGCAACUGGUGCAUGUGGUCAGCAGCCUCGGCCAGCCGUCUGACAACCUGCUUCAUUACUGUUACUCACACUGCUAUCUGAAGAUAUUUGGUUUUCAAGCAGCGCUGACUUCUUUGGACAGCAAAGGAUUAUACUGCAUCCCUGUUCCAGUUAUCCCCUCAUUCAGUACUGCUGUUUAUGGCAAGCUGAUCAAGUUCCCCAAAUAUUGGACCAAGCGAGCUCACGUCCCACUAACAGAAUGCAUUUUCGAGCUCCCUAAUUUGACAGUUCAAGCAACUAGAGCUCAAACCCUUCUGCUUCAAACUAUUUAUCAGAGCUGGUGUCAUCCUGUUGGCAAUGUCAGUUCAGUGAUAGUAAAUGAAGCUUUACUGAAUGAGGUUUUCCAAACUUCAGGUGCGAAAUCUAAGAAUCCCCUGCCAACUCUUGAGGGCUCAAUCCAGAAUGUUGAAUUGAAGUACUGCGGCACAUCAUUGGUCAAAUGUGCCUCUGGGACCGUGGGAUCAAUAAAAAUUUGUGCCAAAGCCCCAGGUGCUGUUCUCUUGUCCAGUGUACAAGGAUUAGCAAUUAAUGUUGAUCCAGUCCUGUAUACAUGGCUUAUCUACCAACCUCAGAAACGAGUUAGUAGACACAUUCAGCAGCAGUCUGUAGGAGCUGUUCCACUUGGUGUGUCAGUAACUCGAAAGAAAGAGGAUGAAGCAUCAGUUGGAAGUGCACCUUUGGCAAGGCAGCAGUCAAAUCAAGCCUCUGAGUAUGCCAGCAGUCCUGUCAAAACAAAAACAAUAACAGAAUCUCGUCCUUUGUCACUCCCUGUGAAAACUGUGCUGAACUCAUCUGAAAGCUGCAGAAGUCCUGAGGAAAGAAUGAAAGAAUUUAUUGGAAUAGUGUGGAAUGCAGUUAAGUGCCUUACACUUCAGCUUGAAGUGCAGUCUUGUUGUGUAUUCCUUCCGAACGACAGCCUGCCGUCUCCGAGUACUAUUGUGUCAGGUGACAUUCCUGGGACUGUGCGAAACUGGUACCAUGGGCAGGCCAGUAUGCCUGGCACACUUGUCGUCUGCUUGCCCCAGAUAAAGGUUAUGAGUGCUGGACACAAACACAUGGAACCAUUGCAAGAAAUCCCAUUUGUUGUGCUGAGACCCAUCCUGGAAGAAGGUGAUGCUUUUCCAUGGACAAUUAGUCUGCAUCAUUUCAGUAUAUAUACUCUUCUUGGACAACAAAUGACACUGAAUUUGGUAGAACCAAUGGGCUGUACUUCUACUUUAGCUGUGACUUCACAGAAACUGCUUGCUUCAGGACCAGAAUCCAGACACUCGUUUGUUGUCUGCCUCCAUGUCGACCUAGAAUCACUUGAAAUAAAAUGCUCCAACCCCCAGGUGCAGCUUCUGUACGAACUGGCUGAGAUCACAAGUAAAGUUUGGAAUAAAAUUCAGAGGAAAGGAGUUCUAUAUCAGUCUGUAUCUUCUGUCUAUACUGAAACCAUGACAGGGCCUGCUCCUCCUAGUUCUCCAGUUAAAAGUAGCAUUGGUACCAUUCCACCAGAUACCAGCACAUACAGUCCAUCUGGUGACAUUGGAACUACUACAGAGGGUGAUUCUCUUCAGGGUGGCGAUGAUUCUCCAUUCUCAGACUCCAUUACGUUGGAACAAACAACAAGUAAUAUUGGAGUCUCAAGUGGACGUGUCAGCCUAUGGAUGCAGUGGAUGUUGCCAAAAAUUACUGUAAAAUUGUUUGCUCCUGAUCCUAGAAAUAACGGCACAGAAGUCUGUAUUGUUAGUGAAUUAGAGGAUCUCAGUGCCUCAGUGGAUAUGCAGGACGUCUAUACCAAAAUCAAAUGUAAAAUAGAAAGCUUCAAUAUUGACCAUUACAGAAACAGGCCAGGGGGAGAUUGGCAGUCAGGACAUUUUGAAGGAAUUUUUCUACAAUGCAGAGAAAAACUUUUGACAACUGCAAAACUUUUAGAUGGUUCACACCAGCAACAUGGAUUUCUUUCUCUCACUUAUACCAAAGCUGUGACAAAAAAUGUCCGGCACAAACUGAUAUCAAGAAACGAACGAAGAACAUUCCAUAAGCUGUCAGAAGGUCACACUGAUGGUUCUCCUCAUUUUCUCCAUGAGAUCCUUCUCUCUGCUCAGGCCUUUGAUGUGGUUCUCUGUUUUCCUUUGCUAAAUGCAAUUGCAAGCAUUUUUCAAGCCAGGUUGCCAAGAAGUCAAAAGGAGAAAAGGAAGUCACCAGGCCAGCCAAUGAGGACUCAUGCUCUGACCUCCCGCAACUUGCCUCUGAUUUAUAUCAACACAGGAGUAAUAAGAGUCUUCUUUCCUAAAAACGAGGAAGAUCAUCAUAUUGCAGAAGCUAAUCCAUCAAUUAAAGAAGACACUUUGGUUCUCAAGAUUGGAUCUGUCUCUAUGGCUCCCCAGGCUGACAACCCUCUUAGUAGAGCUGUGCUCAGAAAAGACAUUUAUCAGAGGGCACUAAAUCUAGGAAUUCUUCGAGACCCUGGAUCAGAGGUUGAAGACAGACAAUAUCAAAUAGAUCUUCAAUCUAUCAACAUUGGUACUGCUUAUUGGAAUCAGUUGAAACCAGAGAAGGAAAAUGGAAAAGGAGGGGUUUUGACAGAGACUGAGAGAAAUUCUCAAAAUCCAGCACUUGAAUGGAACAUGGCCAGUAGCAUAAGACGGCAUCAGGAAAGGAGAGCUAUUUUAACUCCAAUUUUAACAGAUUUCACCGUUCGAAUAACUGCAGCUCCUGCGAUUAUUUUCACAAAAAUUGAUGCUGCAGAGAAUUUACACCCAGAGGAAAUUUUGGUCUGUGGUCAUUCUUUGGAAGUGAACAUGACAACAAAUUUGGACUUCUUCCUCAAUGUGGCACAAGUGCAACUUCUUCAGCAUCUGGUACAAGCUAAUAUGGUUGGACUGGAACCUCCCAGUAGCACCACUGAGGUUUCCAAGCAAGAACAGAAGAAGAUGGAUGUGGCUGAUGGAGGAACAGUCGAGACUUCUUCCCGUUACAGCGGGGCACAGGACAGUGGAAUUGGCAGCGACAGUGUUAAGAUCAGAAUCAUUCAGAUCGAGCAGCACAGUGGCACCAGCCAGCACCGCAUUGCCCGUCCUUCCCGCCAGUCUUCCAUCGUGAAGAAUCUCAACUUCAUCCCCUUUGACAUUUUUGUUACAUCAAGUCGAAUCUCAUUGAUGACGUACUCAUGCACUGCCUCACCUAAGGCAAAAUCAGUGCAAGAUCAGAAAGAUGGUGAGAAGAUAAGUAAAAGCUCCUUGAACCUUCCAGAAACAGUCUCAGGCAGCAGCCAUGAUCUCAAGAAGCCCAGUCAGCCAUGCAUCUCUUCUGUCACAGCAGACGAUCUUUUGAACAGCAACCCUCCCCUGUCUGCUGGGAGAAAGACAGGUCUUUUGUCCCUGGAAAGUCUGCACGCUUCCACGAGAUCAUCUGCUCGACAAGCCCUGGGCAUAACUAUUGUACGGCAGCCUGGGCGCAGGGGAACUGGGGACAUCGAGCUACAGCCGUUUCUCUACCUGGUUGUGUCACAGCCCUCUGUGCUGCUCAGCUGCCACCACAGAAAGCAAAAAGUAGAAAUAUCAGUGUUUGAUGCUGGCCUUAAAGGAGUUGCCUCAGACUACAAGUGUACAGAUCCUGGGAAGACAUUACCAGAAGCUCUGGAUUAUUGCAAGAUUUGGUUGCAGACAGUAGCAGGAGAGGUAGAUGCUAAAAGUGGGAUUCCACCUCCUCUUACCACUGUGCAAAUUAAAGACUUCCUUAAUGGACCAGCUGACAUAAAUGUGGACAUAUCAAAACCUUUGAAAGCAAAUCUCAGUUUUGCCAGGCUUGACCAAAUAAACCAAUUCUUGAAGAAAAUCAUAACCACAAAUGAAGAUGUGCCAAGGAAGGAGUCUGCUUCAUCUGCUGGCAUUAUUCCAGAUGAGGAUGUCACUUUGAUAUCCAGACACCCCAGUACAAAGGACUUUCUACCUGCAGUGCACACCCACACUGUGCAAAAGGCUUCAAUGCAAGAAAAUUUGUGGCAAGCCCUUUCCUGCUUCCAGAAAAUUUCCAUUCACACUGUUCAAAUGGUUGUUUUGAUGGAAACCAUCCCACACCCCAGUAAACCUUGUUUGUUAGUCUCUUUCUCAAACCUCAGUGGGAGCCUGAAUAUUAAAAGUGGACAUAAAACUGCAGGAAUCCAUGGAUCAUCUUUAGUCCUUGACAUAAAAGAUUUCUUACUUAAAACAAGUCUCAAAGAAAGAGCGAAAUCUCUGAUAGGCCCUUUUAGCUGCUCUGUUAAUGUGGAAGCCAAGUGGUGUAAGCACAGUGGUGAUCCUGGCCCAGAGCAAUCUGUUCCAAAAAUCUACAUUGACUUGAGAGGAGGACUGCUACAGGUUUUCUGGGGUCAAGAGCAUUUGAACUGUUUAGUUCUUCUCCAGGAGCUUCUGUGGCAAUACCUGACUAAAAAGGGCAGUGUAGAGACAUUGAUACCUGAACAUAAAUACCCCACUUGUUUUUCUGCGGAAAGGAAUCAGGCCUCAAAAACUGAGCAUACCUCAGAUGAUCUGAGAACAGGCCUGUUCCAGUAUAUACAGGAUGCAGAAGCACAAAAGCUGCCCAGUGCCUAUGAAGUUGUGUUUUACAAUGAAACUGAGGAUAGUCCAGGAAUGAUGCUAUGGAGAUAUCCAGAACCCAGAGUGCUCACGCUUGUAAGAAUUAACCCUGUUCCUUUUAACACCACUGAAGACCCAGAUAUUAGCACUGCUGACCUUGGAGAUGUUCUUCAGGUUCCUUGCAGCUUGGAGUACUGGGAUGAGCUUCAGAAAUCAUUUGUUGCAUUCCGGGAAUUCAGUCUAUCAGAAAGCAAAGUCUGUGAUCUGCAGCUGCCCAGUAUCAGCCUUGUGAAUGAUCAGAAGGAGCUCAUAGCCUCUGACCUGUGGAGGAUUGUCCUCAACAGCAGCCAGAACGUGGCUGAUGACCAAAGCUCAGAAAGUGAAUCUGGCUCCCAAAGCGCGUGCGAUCAGCUCGUGACCCCCACGGCAUUAGCAGCUUGUACCAGGGUUGACUCCUGUUUUACUCCUUGGUUUGUGCCAUCACUAAGUGUGUUGAUCCAGUUUACCUGUUUGGAAGUCCACCUAUGCCAUCAUCUCGAUCAACUCGGCACAGCACCACCAAAGUUUCUUCAGCCAUUUUUAUCUGAUAAGAACAUGCCAUCUGAACUAGAAUACAUGAUAGUUUCCUUUGAUGAGCCUCAUGUAUAUCUUCGUCAGUGGAACGAUGAGUCAGUGUUCCAGGAGAUCCAGUUUUCGACUCAAGCUGACUGUAAACUUCUGGAGUGUCGAAAUGUGACCAUGCAGAGUGUUGUGAAACCUUUCAAAAUCUGGGGGCAGAUUGCUGUUUCCAGCAGCACAGCAGGAAGGCUGUUCGACUGCACGAUAAUGGUUGACCCUGUUUUCAUCAGCUUUGGCCAAUAUGCACUUCAUUCUCUAAAUACAGCAAUUCAAGCUUGGCAACAGAACCGAUGCCCCGAGGCAGAGGAGUUUGUCUUCAGCCAUUUCGUGAUCUGUAAUGACACCCAGGAGACGCUGAGGUUUGGCCAGGUGGAUACUGAUGAGAAUAUUUUGCUGGCUACUCUCCACAGCCACCAGUACAGCUGGCGCUCGCACAAGUCCCCACAGCUGUUACACAUCUGUAUUGAAGGCUGGGGAAACUGGCGGUGGUCUGAGCCAUUCAGUGUGGACAAUACAGGAACCUUUAUUCGCACCAUUCAGUACAAGGGCCGGACAGCAUCGCUUAUUAUCAAGGUUCAGCAGCUCAGUGGAGUGCAGAAGCAAAUCCUAAUCUGUGGAAGACAGACAGUCUGUAGUUACCUUUCUGAAAGUAUUGAACUGAAAGUGGUUCAGCAUUACAUUAGUCAAGAUGGACAGGCUGUUGUUAAAGAACACAUCAACUGCCUUGCAGCCAAGCAGAAACUGCCUUCGUAUAUCCUAGAAAACAAUGAGCUCACUGAGCUGAGCGUGAAAUCUACAGGAGAUGAAGACUGGUCCCAAGACGUAUGUCUAAGUUCUAAACACACAGAACACAGCACUGUCAUUCAGGUACCAUCUUCAAAGAGUUCAAUUACAUAUGUGUGGUGCACAAUUUUGACUUUGGAGCCAAAUUCACAUGUGCAACAGCGAUUAAUUGUUUUCAGCCCUCUUUUCAUUGUAAGGAGCCAUCUUCCAGACCCUAUUAUCAUACAUAUAGAGAAAAGAAGCCUGGGACUGAAUGAAACACAAGUGAUUCCAGGGAAAGGACAAGAGAAAGCACUGCAAAAUAUAGAACCUGAUCUUACACACCACCUGACUUUUCAAGCCAGGGAAGAAGAUGAUCCAUCAGAGUGUGCAGUCCCUAUCUCAACCACUCUGAUUAAACAGAUAGAGACUAAAUCCCAUCCUGGUGGCAACGUCAGCCAAGUGCUCUCCGAGUUCUAUGGCAUUGCUAGUCCUCCCCAGCCUGCAUGGCCUUAUAAUAGGAAGGAUUCAGACAGCAAUGAACAGCUCUCCCAAUGGGAUAGUCCAAUGCGGGUAAAGCUGUCAGUGUGGAAACCGUGUGUUAAAACUCUGCUGAUUGAACUCCUGCCCUGGGCAUUGCUUAUCAAUCAGUCCAAGUGGGACCUCUGGCUGUUUGAAGGAGAGAAGAUUCUUCUUCAAGUACCUAGCGGGAAAGUAAUUAUACCUCCCAACUUCGAGGAAGCUUUCCAGGUUGGAAUAUACUGGGCAAACACUAACACUGUGCACAAAUCGGUGGCAAUUAAACUGGUUCAUAAUGUGACCUCCCCAAAAUGGAAGGAUGCCGAUAAUGGGGAAGUAGUAACGUUGGAUGAAGAAGGUUUUGUUGAAGCUGAAAUUAAACUUGGUGCUUUUCCAGGUCAUCAAAAGUUGUGUGAAUUCUGCAUUUCUUCCAUGGUUCGACAAGGUAUACAAAUUCUACAGAUAGAAGAUAAGACAACAAUAAUCAAUGAUACAUCAUAUCAAAUUUAUUAUAGGCCACAGCUUUUUAUUUCCAAACCUCACACAGGAGAAGAGGACUUCCACUCACCCGACAGUACGGUGUUCAGCAUUGGUCCGGCCGGCUCCGGUGAGGCGCUGAGCGCCGUGCCCUGCUGGGACCUGCUGUUGGAGCCGGGUCCCUCGGCGGCGGGGGCAUCCCUCGGGGACAGGCGCGUGGUGCUGAGCUUCAGCGCCGGGAGCCGCGAGCUGUGGAGCCUCCCGGCCGUGGUCAGCGCCGAGCUGGCGAGGCAGAGCGUGGCGGUGCCCACGGGCGCCUGUACUGAAAGCGGAUUCUGCACCAGAGCUAUAGCACUGACUUAUCAAGAGCAUCUUGGCGUGACGUACCUAACACUUACAGAAGAUCCUAGUCCUCGUAUAAUUAUCCACAAUAGGUGCUCCAUUCCAUUGCUUGUAAAAGAGAAUUUCAAAGAUACACCAAAGUUUGAAGUUUACUGUAGAAAGAUUCCAGCUGAAUGUUCAGUUCAUCAUGAGCUUUACCAUCAAAUCUCCAGCUAUCCAGAUUGCAAAACAAGAGAUGUAUUGCCCAGUAUUCUCCUGAAAGUGGUGUCAUCUGAUGAAUUAGUAAAUGAAUGGAGCGAUUUUGUGGACAUCAACAACCAAGGCACACAAAUUGUGUUCUUAACUGGCUUUGGCUGUGUUUAUGUGGACAUCACCCAUCACUGUGGAACAUUAGUCAUAACCUUGGCCCCAGAAGGAAAAGCAGGACCCAUUGGUAUCAACCUCAACAGAAGUCAAGAGCAGAUCCUGUCACUGAAAAUGUUCAUCAGUCAGUUAAGUCUUGCUGCAUUUGAUGAUAUUACAAACCACAAAGUGUCAUCUGAGCUCCUGCGUCUCACAGCAGACAAUGUUUUCCUCUACAUGGCCCCGGCCACCAGCUCCCUGUCACAGGAGUUCCAGCAGGACUCUGUGGAAGGCCUCCCACAGUUUCAUAGUCUCCAAGUGUACUGUGAAGACUUGCAACUGGACAAUCAGUUGUACAGCAAAUCCAAUUUCCAUUUUGCAGUCCUGCUGUGCCAAGAAGAGAAAAAUGAAACCACGCAGUGGUCAAGAAUGAACAAUCUCAUUGUUUGUAACAAGGAUUUGGAAAUCUAUAAGGAAAACUGCUUUAUAAAACUCUGUAUUGCUUUUUCUGAGGAAGAGAAUUUCAUGUUUCACGUGAAUGACCUCAGCUUUGAGCUCAAACCAGCUAGGCUGUAUGUGGAAGACACCUUUGUUUACUACAUUAAGACUUUGUUUGAUACAUAUCUUCCAGAAAACAAAACUGCUUGUAAAUCCAUGAGUGCUUCAGAUGCUACGCUCAUAGUGCCUGAACAAGUGAGAGAGCAUGCAAGAGCUUUAGUCAAGCCAGUGAAGCUAAGAAAAUUAAAAAUACAACCUGUUAAUGUCCUUGUCAGUAUUCAUGCUUCAUUGAAACUGUAUAUAGCCUCAGAUCACACCCCUCUCUCCUUCUCUGUGUUUGAGCGAGGACCCAUCUUCACCACGGCCAGGCAGCUUGUCCACGCCUUGGCCAUGCAUUACGCUGCUGGAGCGCUUUUCAGAGCAGGCUGGGUUGUUGGAUCAUUGGAAAUUCUUGGAAGCCCAGCUAGUCUGGUGAGAAGCAUAGGGAAUGGCAUAGCUGAUUUCUUUAGGCUCCCCUAUGAAGGGCUGACCAGAGGCCCAGGAGCAUUUGUCAGUGGAGUUUCCAGAGGAACAACUUCAUUUGUAAAGCACAUUUCCAAAGGUACACUGACGUCAAUUACCAAUCUGGCAACAAGUCUUGCUCGGAAUAUGGAUAGGCUGUCACUGGAUGAGGAGCACUACAACAGACAAGAAGAAUGGAGAAGGCAGCUUCCAGAAAGCCUGGGAGAAGGACUGAGACAGGGACUCUCUCGUUUAGGCAUUAGCCUUCUAGGUGCAAUUGCUGGGAUUGUGGAUCAGCCGAUGCAGAAUUUUCAGCGAGUAUCUGAGGCCCAAGCUUCUGCUGGGCAUAAAGCCAGAGGGGUCAUCUCGGGGGUGGGGAAGGGAAUCAUGGGCGUCUUCACAAAGCCCAUUGGAGGGGCAGCUGAGCUCGUCUCCCAGACAGGUUACGGUAUUUUGCAUGGAGCUGGACUUUCUCAGCUUCCCAAGCAGCGCUCUCAUCCAAAUGAUCAACACGUCGAGCAGGCUCCAAACAGCCACGUCAAAUACGUCUGGAAAAUGCUGCAGUCUCUGGGAAGGCCAGAGGUUCAUAUGGCCUUAGAUGUCAUGAUUGUGAGUGGAUCCGGCCAGCAGCACGAUGGCUGCUUGCUGCUCACCUCAGAGGUGCUCUUUGUCGUGAGCAUCAGUGAAGACACACAGCAGCAGGCAUUCCCCGUGACUGAAAUCGAUUGUCUGGAAGAUGAUCAGCAAAAAGAUCUGCUGAAAGUGCAGCUAAAACAACAGAGAGUGCCUUCUGACUUGGAGGCCGAGGGAGCCAGAGAGAGACUGUCAGAACAGCAGUACAACCGCCUCGUGGAGUACGUCACAAAGACAUCUUACCACCUUGCUCCCAGCACCACCACAGCGCCAGCCCCGCAAACCGUGGCUACUGAACAGCCCCUGACUAUAACAAAAACCUAUCAGUAUGUAGUUGAUCCAAAUUUUGCCCAAGUAUUCAUUAGUAAAUUCACCAUGGUGAAAAAUAAAGCCUUGAGGAAAGGGUUUAAUUAAUAGUUAUUUCUGGUGUGUGUAGUAAUACCAAACCAGUUUGAAAGCAAUGCAGUAACCUACAUCAAGUAGAGAUGCGUAUAAUUUUUGAGGAGGUAGAAAUUGAUAACAAAGCCCAAUAGCUUUUCUAAUCUUGACAACAUUCCUGCUCCCUAGCCAAAAUACUAGUGCUGGAAGGAAAGUGUUCUGGCAAAUGAAUAAAGUGAGAAGGAACAGCCUUGGACUACAGCUUAAUCAAAAUCCUUUUUCUUUUCGAUAACCAAAAAUUAAAUAGGGAAAAAUUACGUGCAUGCGGACACUUUUACCACACACAGAAAUGUGUAUCAAUACCUCUAUAUCAUACUUUAGGGUCUGCCAGUUUCUGUUAUAAACCAGGUUUAUAACUCAGCUGUAAAAACUUGCUCGAGGCUGAGCCUUUCCCUCCACACCCACACUCCCCCAACAUAUGCAUCCUGAGGCAAAACAUUUUCCCCCUCUAAAUCUGAAAAACCCAGUGUGGCUGUUUUAAGUUACUAGUGACAGCUGGGUUUUAGCACCACUUUAACCUUAAAAUAGCUUCCUUUAUUUGACUGAAGUUUUGCAGGACAUUAGUCCAUAAUGUAAACUAGUGCCUUUGUGUGGUUUGGAGAAUAAAACAUGAACUACAACAUGACUUUAUUUUUAAAACUGUCUGUAUACAGAAACUUUAUUUUAUCCACCGUCGAAUUUUCAGAAGUACUUUCAAUGUAUGUAUGACUGUGCAUUGUCUGUUCAUUAGCUGGAAGCCAAUAACAUGCAGUUCAAGAAUUUAAGAAACAGAGCUGUCUCCUUAAAAUCUCCAAGCUCAGUGUAACCCAGAUGUGCAGGUGCUAAGUACACCUUGUGGGGUCUUGCUUAUUUCUGAUCUGCCACAACUACAUUGUAUGUGCUCCCUUCAGCCUUAAUUCAUUUUAUGCUUAUCAUCUUCAAACUGAUAAAAACAGGAAUAUUUAGAAACGUGACCUUUCAAAUAUGUACUAAGCAAAGUGAGAUUUUUUUUAAGUUGAUUGAAAACUAUGGACCCAGAGGGCACCAAUUGCAUUCAUAGUUAAUAAUGCCAUCACAAUACACUUACAAAUAUAUGUUAAACAUCUGUAUUUCU